GCGAGAGUGGGAGAGAUUCAAUGUCAGAAAAAGAAGAGGAUGUGAAGCUUAUAGGGUCUUGGGCAAGCCCUUUCAGUCGCCGGGUGGAGAUGGCUCUUAAACUCAAAGGUGUUCCUUACGAUUACUCAGACGAAGAUUACUUGGUCACCAAGAGCCCUUUGCUUCUCCAGCUAAAUCCUAUUUACAAGAAGGUUCCAGUGUUUGUCCACAAAGGUAAAGUAUUACUUGAGUCACAUCUAAUCCUUGAAUACAUCGACCAGACAUGGAGAAGGAAUCCAAUUCUGCCUCAAGAUCCAUACGACAGAGCAAUGGCUCGCUUCUGGGCCAAAUUCGUUGAUGAACAGGUCACAUUAAUAGGCUUUAGGUCUCUAAUAAAAUCAGAGGAAAUUGAUGUUGCGAUCAAAGAGGCUCAGGAACUUAUAACAUAUCUAGAGAAUGAAAUCACCGGGAAAAUGUUCUUCGGCGGGGAGACCAUAGGAUUCUUGGACAUGGUCGUGGGAAGUAUGAUCCCGUUUUGUCUGGUUCGGGGUUGGGAAGGUAUGGGAAUUGAUAUGAUUCCAAAGGAGAAGUUUCCAGAACUAAACAGCUGGAUUGAAAAAAUGAAAGAAAUUGAGAUCGUGAGGGAAUGUAUUCCUAAUAGGGAGAAAAAUAUUGAGCACAUGAUGAAAAUUGUAGGGCGUAUAAAAGCUGCUUCGAAGGCGGCGUGACUAUAUGCUUUGAUCCGGAGAUUUUUACUGUAUUUUGUAUUGUUUAGUUAUUUUAAAGUUGUAUGAUUUGAUUGGUUUACUAAAUAAAGAUGAGUGCUAAAAUGCAUCCACUGUGGUCGUA